CUUCUCGGAUCUAUAUGUUUUUUUGAAAAACUAAUUGAACCUAAAGAGUCAUACUCACCGUGAGGCCCUUCAACACCAACCAUUCCAAAAAUCAUCUAAACUCUACCCUUGCAGCUGCAGCAUGCUGACAUGUUACUUCGAGAAAUCUACAUGUUCUUUCUAAAAUAACACACACAGAAAUUGCAAUAGGUUUGGACAAUAAAAAGACGGAAAAUCUGUAGAUAGAUAUUCAUAGUAUUCGUAAACUUAUUUUCAGUUAUUGAAACGUGACAUCGCUUAUCUUUAGGACACUAUUAUAUAUGACAUGUAAAAACAGACAGGAAGGGAAGGGAAAAAAUGGAAUUUGCUAAAGUAUUUGUUUUAGCGUUUGUCUUGUACACUACGAAUGGAAACAGUCCAUGUUUUGAUGUUGAUACAGCAGCGUGCAAAUUAAUGGAACAUAAUAAACCGGAUCUUUGUGAUUCAAGUAUUGGUGAAACAGCGUGCCCAAGAUACUGUGGAAAAUGCCCUCUCGAGUGCUUUUCAUGUCCAGACACUGUACAAGAUAUUUCGCAGUGCAACAAAGUCGUCACCUGUGAUUUUAACCAGACAUGUUACACAAUGGAAAUUUUCGACUUUGACCGUAGCCAUGGUAUCUCCGGAGGAUGCGUUGCCAAAGAGUUAUGUGUACCACAUAGUGGCCAGGCCCAACUAUUCGGCAGGAGUUCGAGCACUGUUCAAACAAGAUGUUGCGAUUCAGACAGGUGUAACGGACCGUCUCCAACAACAACAACUUCUACGACUUCUACAACGGCAAGACAUAGAACGCACGCGCACUCGGGACAUCACACCACUGCUAGUCAUUGUGUUGACCGGUUGCAUUCUUUUUGCAGUCACCUCGAUUGUUCUCAUUCUCACUUUGCAGCCAUAGAAUGCAAAAAGACAUGUGGACUAUGUUUUCUGACUACCGUGGCAUUUGCUCACGUGAGUUUGGCAGAUUACGCGUGUUCCGAUUUGAACACAGAUGCAUGCAAAUUGAUGCACCAUGAUAAGCCUGACCUCUGUGACUCGAGUACCGGCGAAACAGCGUGCCCAAGAUACUGUGGAAAAUGCCCUCUCGAAUGCUACACAUCUUCAGACCUUGUACAAGACCUUUCACAGAGUAACGCAUUGACUUGUGACGUAGACCAGGUUUGUUAUUCUAUGGAGGUAACAGACUUUGACCAAAGUCAUGGCUUUCGUGGUGGUUGUAUAAACAAAGAGGUAUGCGUACCCCAUGCUUUGACUCCGCAGAUAUUUGGAAGAAGUUCCAGCGCUGUGCAUAUAAAUUGCUGUGAUACAGAUAGAUGUAACGGACCUUCAACAACAGCAGCAGUGAUAACUUCUCCAACUACUCAGAAACAAGCGGUAGUAACAACGGCUGACAAUCCUCAUUGUAAGGAUCAUUCGUCGUCAUGUCCAUCUGACGGCCAUUGUAACCCACAUUACGUAUUACGCUGUCCGAAAUCUUGCGGGCGUUGUUAAAUAGUGCGGACCAUGACGAAUUGUUUUGACAUUCUUAUAUAUGCUUUUUUUGUAUAUAUCAGUAGCUCUGAAAAUAAAAAAUAGCAAUAUUA